AUGAGUUGCUGCCCCGCCGUCAUGGAGCCCGCCAGGGAUACCGCCGCCAACGCCAUCGUGCCCAAGACCUACAAGAACACCAAGCUCUUCGUUGCGGGCCCUGCCCAGGCCAAGGCCGGUGUGGUGGCCAUCCCCGACAUCUUCGGCCCGGAGAGCAGCCGCAUCAAGCAGGACGCCGAAGCUCUGGCCAAGCUCGGCUACGCCGUCACCCUCGAGGGCCAGGAUGUUCCCGGUUGGCUGCAGAAGAACAGCUUCGAGAAGGUUGCGGGCGCCCACGUGGCCAACGCCAUCGCCUACUUGCAGGAAGAGGUCGGCGUCCAGUCCAUCAGCAGCUACGGCUACUGCUGGGGCGCCUACGUUGGCGCGAAGCAGUCGGCUCUGUCGACGCCCGUGAUCAAGGGCCAUGUGUCCUUCCACCCGAGCUGGAUGGCCGAGCAGCUCGUGAACGGCGAAGGCGCCCUGCAGAAGAUGACGGAGGCGAUCUCGGUGCCCCAGUUGCUGUGCGCGGCGGGCAACGACCCUCCCCUCGUGAGCGAGGGAGGUGUCGUGGAGCAGAUCCUCAAGGCCAAGCCUGACAUCGCUGAGCUGAGCAACGUCGUGAACUUCCCCGACAUGAUCCACGGCUGGGUGUGCCGCGGCGACAUCGAAGACUCUGCCACGAAGGAGGCGGUGAAGAAGGCGUGGCACUUGGCCAUCAACUUCACCCAGAAAGUUAACCCGCUGUAA